AUCCCAACCCCAACCCUAAACGCGUAUUCAUUUGCACACGCGGGUUAGGGUUAGGAUUAGGGACAGGGUCAGGGCUAGGAUCGACCACUCACGACUAGCUAGCGCGGACACGCGACCGCGCUCUCGGGACCGUGCUGCUUUAGUAGUACCUUGCUGGCCUUGUGUCAAAAUGUGAAACCAACAUUUCAUGCACAUGCGCACUAAACGUACUUCCGCCUCCAUUCAUUACAUCUUGACAAACAUGUCUGGCGCUAGAAUUUCUCUUUAUAAACUCCCGAACACAUUUAUAAUACAUUUCUCAACCACCUGAUGCACUUCUAACAACAACACUAUCCUUUAUAAGAACAUUUCCAAUAUCAGAUGACAUUGGAAUAACUGAAGAUACAUUCUCAUUAUUUAUCAUCUUUUAAAGACCAAAAUGAAAAUAUUGUACAGAGCAGAUAUAUAAGAUUGUUUCUGUAAAUCUAUGGUAGAAUUCCUCUGAUAUAUUUACUCUGAAAUGUGUUAUUAGCAAACUUUGUGGACAUCACUGGCUGGAGUGUCUACAAGAUGAGUGUGUUUGCAGAUUAAACUUGGAUAAAUUUAUUAAAGUAUUUUGGGACAAAGGUAACACUGGACAGAAACACAGCAGUUGAAAUAUUUGUAAACAAAAGACUAUAGAAGCGAAAAAGAAAAAAUAUAUAUAUAUAUAUUGUGAUUUUUAAAGAAAAAUAAUGGAAAAGAAUGAGAAAUUGAUGGAACUGACUUUUCCAGAAGAUAGAGAAAAAGGGAGACGAAAAUUGUCACAUGACUGUGAUGUCUGUAAAAAGUCUUUCUCUCAAAAGAGUCACUUGAAUAUGCACAAACGUAUUCAUACAGGGGAGAAGCCAUUUCACUGUGAUAUCUGUGGUAAAUCAUUCUCUAAAAAAAUUAACUUCACUACACACCAACGUAUUCAUACAGGAGAGAAACCAUUUGACUGCGAUAUUUGUGGUAAAGCAUUCUCUAAAAAGAUUAACUUGACUACACACCAACGUAUUCAUGCAGUGGAGAAGCCAUUUCACUGUGACAUCUGUGGUAAAUCAUUCUCUAAAAAAAUUAACCUGACAACACACCAACGUAUUCAUACAGGGGAAAAGCCAUUUCACUGUGACAUCUGUGGUAAAUCAUUCCCUCAAAGUAAUAACUUGACUACACAUCAACGUAUUCAUACAGGGGAGAAGCCAUUUCACUGUGACAUUUGUGGUAAAUCAUUCCCUCAAAGUAAUAACUUGACUAGACACAAACGUAUUCAUACAGGAGACAAGCCUUAUCGCUGUGAUGUUUGUGGUACAUCAUUCUUUGAACAAAGUGCUUUAAAUUCUCACAAACGUGUUCAUACAGGGGAAAAGUUAUUUCACUGUGAUAUCUGUGGUAAAUCAUUCUUUCAAAAAGGUAGCUUGACUGCACACAAACGUAUUCAUACAGGAGAGAAGCCUUAUGAUUGUGACGUGUGUUUUGCAUCAUUCUUUGGCCGAAGUGCUUUUAAUUCGCACAUGUCUUUUCAUACAGGGGAGAAGCCAUUUCACUGUGACAUCUGUGGUAAAUCAUUCUUACAAAAAGGUAGCUUGACUACACACAAACGUAUUCAUUCAGGAGAGAAGCCAUAUCACUGUGAUGUCUGUAGUUCAUCAUUCUCUGAUCGAAGUGCUUUAAAUUCUCACAUACGUGUUCAUACUGGAAUGAAGCCAUUCCACUGUGACGUUUGUGGUAAAUCAUUCUCUGUAAGCAUUACAUUAACUAGACACAAACGUAUUCACACUGGAGAGAAGCCUUAUCGAUGUGAUGUCUGUGGUAAAUGCUUCUCCCUGCAAACUGCUUUAAAUUCUCACAAACGUGUUCAUACAGGAUAAAAGCUAUAUCAGUGUAACAUCUGUAGUGAAUCAUUUUCUGUAAGUGGUGAUAAAUGACUGCUCGGUACUUCUAGUGUUAGCUAAAUGUAUAACUAUCUAUAUUGAUGUAUGACUACCAAUGUGACCAUUCGUAAGAACCAUAAGCAUUUUCAGCUUCUAAACUGGUGGUAGUGUUGUGGGCUUUCUCCAUGGCAAUAACCAAGCUUUUCAUCAGGGAAUUGCUGUAAUUGUAAGAGUUCCUUCUAUGCGAAAGAAGAAACAAUAAAAAAAAAAAGGGAAACUCCCUAACUGUAAAUUACACUCUCAGAGUGGUUGAUGUUAGGAAGGGCAUCCAGCCGCAGCAAACAUGCCAACUCAGAUUAGUGUCUGGUGCAGCCUUCUUGCUUGGCAACCCGGGUCAAACCAUGCAACCCAUGCCAGAAUGGACAACAGACAUUGGAUGACGUGUGUAUUUCAGUAUUGUCAACAUUGAUCAUGAAAUCAGGGUUGGACUAAAUCCAUUGCAAAGAUCAAAUGGUCUUAUACACCUAAUUGGUGUUUGAGCAACAGUUUUUAUCCCAACAAAGAAAAAUUCUCUUCCUGUCCACCAAUUAUUAUAUAAGGAAUGGUCCCUCAUGCUUUUGGGUAGAGAGAAGAUGGAAGAGAUAGAGAGAGAGACACAGAUCAGAUCACAACAACCGAUGCUGCCCAACACACAGAACCAAGCCAUGAACUUGCUACAGAAUUUCAACCAUGAUACAACUUCCACUGUUCCAGACAAAGGUUAUUUAAAAUUUGUCAAACCAGUUACUUCACAAUAUGUAAGACAUAUGCCAUGUAUUUUUAUAAGGGGUUGUAAUAAAAUAAGUCACAUUGAA